GACUCUGGAGUAUUGCUUCAUACAUAUGUACAUACAUAAACAGUGUGUCAAGUCAAACUUCUGUAAUCAAGGAAAUUAAUCGCAUUAGAUUGCUUCAUUCGUUUAAUCAUAGUCAAGAUAAUCUUUUCAUGGGCUCGACACAAGUGAUCCUCAGCAUCAGUACCUUGUUGACCAGGGUAUGAAAUGCAUUGACCUAACUCAACAUUAAAACGCAUCAAAUAUUUAAAAUUUCACAUAAUUUUCUUACAUUCAAAAUGAAGAAAGUUUGCAUAAUUGGCGCAGGUGCGUCUGGACUAGCAGCCAUUAAGCAUGUUAGUGAGAGUUCUUACCUGGAUGGCGUCGUGUUCGAGCAGGGCGACAAAAUCGGCGGUCUGUGGGUCUACUCCGACAACGUUCGAAACCCGGAAGGAGGGGGGCCCGUGCACAGCUCAAUGUAUCAGAGCUUGAGGACGCACCUCCCAAAGCAGUUGAUGGCAUAUCCAGAGUUCCCGUUCGGCGAGACUGAAGGAUCGUUCGUAACGCAUGGAGAAAUGCUCAAGUACUUGAAUGAAUAUGCCAACGCCUAUAAACUUAUGAGAUACAUUCAAUUUAAGCAAAAAGUCGUCAACGUUAAACCUUCUGCAGAGGAUUCAAAUAAGUGGUUGGUCACAGUGGAGUGUUUGGCAACAAAAACUUUGUCGGUCCAGGAGUUUGAUUCAGUCAUUGUUUGCAAUGGACACUGCUUCAAACCAUUGUAUCCAGCCAUUCGGAACCAGGAUUUGUUUAAAGGAGAAAUAAUCCACAGCAAAGAUUAUAGAAAACCUGCGAGAUUCUUCAGAAAGAAAGUCGUUGUGAUUGGAGGUGGUCUCUCUGCUCUGGACCUUUCCAUCGAAAUUGCAUCCACAGCCACUACGGUGCUAUUUUCCCACCAAGGCCAACCCUUCGAAACUUGCUGGCUGCCCGAAAAUGUGCGUCAAGUCGGAAAAGUGACAGAAGUCACGACACGUGGGAUUGUGCUUGAUGACGGGGAAGAAUCUCAAGUAGACUGCAUUGUACUUUGCACAGGAUACGUCUAUGAUUAUCCAUUCCUGGCCAUGGAGGAAUGUAAGAUGGAAGUGGUUGACGGAAAAUACGUGACUCCUCUCUACCGUCACUUUAUUCACUCGAAAUUUCCUACACUUGCGUUCUUUGGCCUCCCAUUUCUCAACGCAGUAAUUCCCUUAAUGGAUUGCCAAGCCCGGUUUUACACCAAGUUCCUUGAAGGAAAUGUGAAGCUGCCAACCGAAGCAGAAAUGAAUCGUCAAAUUGAAUAUGAAUUCAACCUCAAGAAAAACAAUGGACUUGAGAUAAGCAAAAGCCAUUCGAUGGAAAAUAACCCAUGGAAUUAUUACAAAACGCUGGGUGUUGAAGCCGGUUUCAAUACAAAUUGGAUCCCCUUAAUGAAAAGCGUGUACAAUCACGUCCAUGAGCGACGGUCGCAAUUUCCAACUUUGUACAAGUUUGACAAAGUCACAGUAAAAAGUCAAAACGAAUACGAAUAUGUGGCAAUCGAAGAAACAUUUAGCCUGGAAGGAUAAAGCAAUGUGUAUGUGGGAUUUACCAUAUUUUAUGUUUAAACUGACGUGCAUGGUUAACGAAUUUGUGUUUCUGAAAAAUGUCACAUUAUAAAGAUUUAUGAUUACGAGUGCAUGAGAAUUUGAUGUUGAUCAUCCUCUGUUACACCUUUCAUUAAUUUGAUAUAUGUACAUGCAUUAUAUGUGGUUUAAUAAAUGGCUUGGUUCGUUGAGAACCAUUCGGAAUAAUUCUAAACAAUAAUAUUUUUCAAAUGUCUUCCUGGUAUUUCGCCGACUUGAUUCAUAUUUUGUUCUUGUUCCUCCAAUAUUCAGUAAAAUGUAUCAUUUAUCGGAAGAAAUAAACUUUUACUUGAUUUAUUACUAA